AUGGCAGCGGCAUCGACCUCCAAAGCCGCUUCUGGGUCCAAGCGCAAAGCCACUCCUUCAGCAUCGACCGCCACGAAGACAAAGAAAACCAAAUCGUCCACCGUCUCGACCAACGCCGCCGAAGAUGCAUCGAUACCCCUCGGACGAGCACUAGCCUCGACCGAAAAACGCACCCGCGACUCGGCCAUCCGUUCGCUCCACACCUACCUCUCCACCAACGGUGCUCACACCAUCCCACCGCUCGAACUGCAGAAGCUUUGGAAAGGUCUAUUCUACUGUUUCUGGAUGAGCGAUAAACCGCUGAUCCAACAACGACUCGCCAACGAUCUGUCGCAACUAGUGCUCGUUCACCCUGCUGAUGAAGAGGCGGACAGGCUAGUCGCGGGGAUGAAGUUCUUGGAAGGGUUCUGGGACGUCAUGGUGGGGGAGUGGAGUGGAUUGGAUAAACACAGGAUCGAUAAGUUCUAUCUGCUGGUGAGGAGGUUCGUUGCAGCCGGGUUCAGGUUGUUGGCGGAAGAAGGGUGGAAGGCGGAAGGGGUGAAGGAGUUGAGCAGGAUUCUGGGGAAGUUCGAAGGAGGAGUGCUGAGUACCAACGAUCCCAAAGUGCCGGAUAGUCUGACGUAUCAUUUGUCGGAUAUCUACCUGGACGAACUGGAGAAGGUGUUGGAGCAACAUGCGGAGGAAGCCGAAGGAGAAGACGGCGAGGAUGGUGGGGAGGAGGAGCAAGAUCUGCCGCUGGUGCCGACGUUGGAGCUGCUGACGCCGUUCGUCGAUGCGUUGGCAACGGCAAAGAGCAAGGCUAUGUACGAGAGGAUCUGGAGCAACGUAUUCGAGCCUCUCUUGGAAGACACUCUGAGGGCCUCUGCUAAGGACGAAGAUAUUUCUCUGGAUGCGAUCGACUCCGACGACGAAGAGCAAGACGAGCAAACUCCAGAAGAUGCAGAAUCGGAAGACGAGCAAGCAGCAGACGAGACCGCGAACGGAACCGAAUUCCACUCGUUCGCCGACGAAUCCACCCUCACCACUGCCAACGAUGACGAAUCCGAACCUUCCAUCCCGGACUCUUCCGACGAUGAACCGGAAGACGACGUGCGAUUCCCCCUCCUCCUCGCCCUCUCCGCCGUACCCAUCCCCAAAACCAAAGAGGAUGUCGAGGAGGAAGAUCUGGACGAGGCAGAUAUCGACGUGGCUCUGGUGUUGAGGAAGGCCAUCUUUCAAGCACUGUUCACGGCAGCCUCGAGGAAGGAUGCUACAGAGGCGAGGAGGAGGUUGUUGUACCAGCUGUGGCGUGAUGAACAGGAUCGGAUCAAUGAUGUUGAAGACGAGGAUGACAACGAAGAUGAUGAAGAUGAAAAUGACGAAGAUGACGAGGACGAGGAGGAGGACGAGGAAGAAUAG